ACUAAAAUCCAUUCCUUGAUACAACAACGGUUGAGUGGUGGAGCUCCGUCGCUAACGAGUAACCGUCACCGCGACCUCGCUCAAAGCUCAAUGCCGACGGCGACGGCGGCGGCGGCGGCGGCGGCGGGAGCGCCACUCCACGUGGGGAGCCUCCCCGGUUCAUCUUCUUCUCCGAGAGCGAAUCGCCAUCGCCAUCGCCGUCAACUUCGCCCGGCGCAACGAUCGGCUGCGGCCGCGGCGACGCGCAGGGAGGUCUCCCUCCUCCUCAGCUCGAGCGCCGCGUGCGGGUCAUUCGCGCUCUCCUUCUUCGUCCCUGCUCCUCCUUCCAAGUCCGCGCCGCCCGAGUUCUCCGAGCUCCCGAGCUCCGGCGGCGUGAGGGUGCUGGACCUUCGGAUCGGCUCCGGCGAGGCUCCUUCCGUCGGCGACGAGGUCGCUAUACAUUACUAUGGAAGAUUGGCUGCAAAACAAGGGUGGAGAUUCGAUUCCACGUAUGAUCACAAAGAUGGCACCGGGGAUUCAGUUCCUUUUGUCUUCAAACUCGGUUCGGAAAAUGUUAUUUCAGGGAUUCAAGCUGCCGUGAGAUCCAUGAAAGUAGGUGGUAUCCGUAGAGUUGUUAUUCCUCCAUCACAAGGAUACCAGAGCAUAUCCCAAGAACCAAUACCACCAAACUUCUUUGACAGGCAGAGGCUGUUCACAACAAUUUUUAAUCCAACCCGUCUUGCCAAUGGUGAAGGUUCCACAUUGGGCACUCUUAUCUUUGACAUAGAAUUAGUCAACCUGAGACACCAGUAAUAUUCGGAUGAACGCUCUUUAGAUGAUUUUCAACUCAUGAGAAAGGGUUAGCCAUAAUUUUCUACUUAUUUUGAUUCCUAGCACUACGCUCCACUUUCUUUUUUACUUUGUUAAAUCGUGCAAGGUGAUUUAUGUCAAGGGGGUAAUAAUUUUGCCAAGCCCUCCAUCAA